AUGCGAGGUAUGCGUCGGCUCUUGCCCGUGCUCUUCGCAGUUGCGGUCUCGGUGCAGAGCCAACGACCUGUAAACACCUCGUUUGCAGCCACCACGGACAGCGUGCUGCAGCUGCGCGCCUUUACCUCGUCCCAGUCGCUUGACGUUGACACAUACAGACUGCGCAUCGAUGUGUUUUUGGACUCGCCGCCAACGAUCAACGCGUCGAUUCACGCGCGGGUCUGCGGCAGCUCGGUCUUCGGCACUUUGCCGUCGUACACCGCCUCGAGCCUUCUCGUCCUCGACAGCGGCGUCUGCAACGGAUCGAUUCGGCUCACCACCGACUGCGACGCGUACACGCUCGACGCUGCCAUCGACGCGUCGGGUAUCUAUCACGGAUUUCUAGAUAUCUCGGCGACCGCCGACCCCAGAGGCGCCGCGCCGUACGCCUCUGAAACGAGCUACGUGCUGCUUUUGGACUUUUGCGAGUUUGACGCGCAGCGCAUUGCAGUGCGUGGCAGCUACAAGUGGCUCUACUGCCCUGGCAACUACAUUUGUUUCCGAGACGGCGGGUUCCUGCCCAUGGUGUGGCUGCACGGCGCCUUUGCGCUGCUCUGGGCUCUUGUCGCCCUCGUGUGGUCGAUGCACAUUCUACUACACACCACGACGCACGUGAGCCUUCAGCGCCGCAUGCUGCUCGUACCGGUCGUCGAGAUGGUGUACAUGGCACUGACGGCGUGGAACGAUGUAUCGUCGAGCGACUCGACCUUGGUCAUUGUGACCCUCGGCGCCCGUGCUGUCGCACUCGCCGUGAGCAUCAACGAGCUAGUUUUGCUUUCGCAUGGCGCCAAGAUCACGCGCUACGACCUGCGUCCGCUGCACUAUGUGCAGAUCGCGACGCUCGCCAUCUCGUUUGGCAUCUCGUUCACGCUCCUCUCGCUCCAAACCUACGUCUCGCUUUUUGAUGGUGUUAGCCGGAUCCUACUUUGGAUGUGUUUCUUCUACAUCAUCCUCCACGACGUGCGCGUCCUACUGCGCACGCUCAACAUCCAGCUCGAGCUCAUCCGCGGGCUCUUCGUCAACCCGCAGAUGACGCCCGUGUACAUCAAGCUCGAGCUUUUUCUCGCGCUUCGCCAAGUCGUUUUGAACUACUGCGUGAUCGUGUGCGUUGCCACCUUGGGCUUGCUCGUCGUCUUGCCGCUGAUGAUGCUGGGCUUCAUUCCCGCCGUGAUUCAACUCUUGUAUUUGGGUUUCUGCAUCACGAUCGGCAUCCUCUUCCGCUGCCGCAAGUUUCAAGACGCGACGUUGAUACUGCCCGCCCGAGGUGCCGAGGCUCCAUUGCCGCAAGCGAGUCCCCGCCGCGUCGUUGUGCAAGGCCCCGCCGACGCCACGAGUCUCGGCCUCCCCACGGUCAAGCCCAGUACGUAA